AUGGCUGACGGUGUUUUCCAAGGUGCUAUUGGUAUCGAUUUAGGUACUACUUACUCAUGUGUCGCUACAUACGACUCUGCAGUUGAAAUUAUUGCCAAUGAACAAGGUAACAGAGUCACUCCUUCUUUUGUCGCUUUUACUAGUGAAGAAAGAUUGAUUGGUGAUGCUGCCAAGAAUCAAGCUGCUUUGAACCCAAAAAACACUGUUUUUGAUGCUAAGCGUUUAAUUGGUAGAGCUUUUGAUGAUGAAUCCGUUCAAAAGGAUAUCAAGUCAUGGCCAUUCAAGGUUAUUGAUGUCAAUGGACAACCACAAAUUGAGGUUGAAUACUUGGAUGAAACCAAGACUUUUUCCCCACAAGAAAUCUCUUCAAUGGUUUUGACCAAGAUGAAGGAAAUUGCUGAAGCUAAAAUUGGUAAAAAGGUUGAAAAAGCCGUUAUCACUGUCCCAGCUUACUUUAAUGACGCUCAAAGACAAGCUACCAAGGAUGCUGGUGCCAUUGCUGGUUUGAACGUUUUGAGAAUUAUCAAUGAACCAACUGCUGCUGCCAUUGCCUAUGGUUUGGGUGCUGGUAAAUCCGAAAAGGAAAGACAUGUUUUGAUUUUCGAUUUGGGUGGUGGUACUUUUGAUGUUUCCUUGUUGAACAUUACUGGUGGUGUUUUCACCGUUAAAGCCACUGCUGGUGAUACUCACUUGGGUGGUCAAGAUUUCGACACCAACUUGUUGGAACACUUCAAGAAUGAAUUUAAGAAAAAAUCUGGUAAGGACAUUUCCGGUGACGCUAGAGCUUUAAGAAGAUUGAGAACUGCUUGUGAAAGAGCAAAGAGAUCAUUGUCUUCUGGUACUCAAACAACUGUUGAAAUUGACUCUUUGUUUGAUGGUGAAGAUUUCUCCGCCAAUAUCACCAGAGCUAGAUUCGAAGAUAUCAAUGCUGCUUUGUUCAAGUCUACUUUGGAACCAGUUGAACAAGUUUUGAAGGAUGCCAAGGUUAACAAGUCUCAAGUUGAUGAAGUUGUCCUUGUUGGUGGUUCAACCAGAAUUCCAAAAGUUCAAAAAUUGUUGUCUGACUUCUUUGAUGGUAAACAAUUGGAAAAAUCAAUCAACCCUGAUGAAGCUGUUGCUUAUGGUGCUGCUGUUCAAGGUGCUAUCUUGACUGGUCAAUCUACUAAUGAUGAAACCAAGGACUUGUUGUUGUUGGAUGUUAUCCCAUUGUCCCUUGGUGUUGCUAUGCAAGGUAAUGUCUUUGCUCCAGUUGUUCCAAGAAACACCACUGUUCCAACCAUCAAGAGAAGAACUUUUACCACCGUUGCUGACCACCAAACCACCGUUCAAUUCCCAGUUUACCAAGGUGAACGUGUCAAUUGUACCGAAAACACCUUGUUGGGUGAAUUUGACUUGAAGAACAUCCCACCAAUGCAAGCUGGUGAACCAGUUUUGGAAGCCAUUUUCGAAGUUGAUGCCAAUGGUAUCUUGAAGGUUACUGCCGUUGAAAAAUCCACCGGUAGAUCCGCCAACAUCACCAUCUCCAACUCUAUUGGUAGAUUAUCAACUGAAGAAAUUGAAAAGAUGAUCAAUGAUGCUGAAAAAUUCAAAUCUUCUGAUGAUGCUUUUGCCAAGAGACACGAACAAAAACAAAAAUUGGAAGCUUAUGUUGCUUCAGUUGAAUCAACUGUCACCGACCCAGUCUUGAGUGCUAAAUUGAAGAAAUCUGCCAAGGACAAGAUUGAAGCUGCUUUGUCUGAUGCUUUGCAAACUUUGGAAAUUGAAGACUCAUCUGCUGAUGAUUAUAGAAAAGCUGAAUUGACUUUGAAGAGAGCUGUCACUAAAGGUAUGGCCACUCGUUAA